AAAUGCUUAGAUGGUUUACGAAAUAAUACAUUAUCAAAUAAUAAAAAUAAUAAAAAUAAAUGUUUGGAAACUCAUUUACAAAAAAGUGGAUCAAGAAGCCUUAAACCAUUGAAAAAAAACAAUUCACACAAAAUUAUAAUAAUUGAUUUAACUGGAGAUGAUAAAGUAAAAAGAAAAACGACUAAUCGAAAUUCGGAAUCUUCGAAAGUUAAGAAAAAUAAGAAAAACAAAAAGAAGCAUAUCAAUUCUUCAAAAUAUUCAAACAAACUUACAAAUUCCGAUGUUAAAGAACGUUCUAAUGAAGACAACAAAAAUUUUAAAGAAAAAAAUCGUUUAGAGUCUAAACUUGGUGAUAUCAAAAGUAGUAAUGGUAUAGAGAAUUGUACUUCAGUUAGCAGUGAUACCUGUAUGGAGUUUACAAAAGAGGAUGAGAAACAACACAGUUAUAACUUGCGUUAUUUGAAAUCACCGAUGUUAGACGAUCAGAAUAUUAACGAGUUGAAGGCUAAUGUGUCGGAAAAAAGUAAAUUAAAGAAUUGUGUAUCAUCUAAUAUGACAAUAGAAGAUAUAAUUAGUUCUUGUGACAAUUCGAUAACACAAAAUAAGGAUGCAUUAACAUCUCAGGAAGAAAGUGCCAUGGAGACAAUACCUUUAAAAACGUGCCAAAACAAUGUUACAGAUCAGCAGAAUUAUCAAUUUGAUUUUAAGCAAGAAUUUCCAACAAGCACGAAUUGUGCGAUACAAAAAUCGUGCCCGUGUUGCAAUACAAGGCAUGUUGAUCAUUUUAUAAUGACUAGUUUGCAGUUUAUAACUGAUCGUAGCUCACUAAUUACGGAAAUGAUAAAACAGAAUGUAUGUCAAGUUAAUAAAUGUCCAAAGUAUUGUACAAACGUUAUCGUGGCAAAAGCACAAGGGAAUCAUAACACAUUUUACGAUAAUGAAAAAAACGAUAUCAAAUUGACUUGCGACACAAUAAAAAAUGAUUGCAAUAAAUAUGUUUAUCUUUUGAAUCAUACUGAUAAAUGUGUCACGACUGUACACGCUGAAAAGAGAGUGCAAUGUUUAGAUAAAUCCGAUGACAAAUGUACUGUUUCAACUACAUUUACUGAAGAUAAAGUUGUAGACCCACCAUCGUAUAGCCAACAUGUUAAUUUUGGUAAUUUUGUAAAAAUAAAUGAUCACGAUAGUAAAUAUUCUGAAACUAUGAUAAAGGAACAACAAAAAGAAAGUGAUUCUUUUAUAUUAAACGAUCGAUUACAUUUCUCCAAUGUAGAAGUUGAUUACAAUAUGAAAAAAUUUUUCCCCAAAAAAGAAGAAACUAACGAGAUGACAAAUAAUUAUAUAGACUUGGAACACAACAAUUUCGUAAAUGAUAUCCAAAGUGAAACUCUUCUGGAAGAUGUCUUCUGGCAACCUUCUGAACAGCCCGAAAUUAAUUUAACCGGUGUAUUAAAUAAAUCUGAGGACACAUGUAUUGUCUCAACUACAUUUAUCGAAGAUCAAAUUAUGGAAUCGUCAAUGGACAGUCAGCGUGUCAAUUCUGAUAAUAGAAGAAAAUGUGUUUAUGAAGAAACGAUGAAGGAACGAGGAAAAAGUGAUUGCGAUACUUUGAUGUCCUCUGAACAUACAUUUGAUACCGACUUUUUCGAAAUAGAUUCAAAAGAAAUUAGUGAAGUAAUGAAAACUAAUUGUAUUAAUGACUUUGAAGAUAUCAGUGUCUCACAUUUUCAAACUUUGGAAGAUUUGUUAUCGAAUGACAUUACUAAUUUCCUACCUCAGGAAUAUUUGUUUUAAUUAAAAAAUAUAUAUACACACAUACAUCAUUUAACGAAAACAACGCAAUAAUCAAAAUGAUGCUAUUGAUAAUACGAAUUUGAUAACUUCUCUAAAUUUAAAUGCUGAUACCUUUCUGCAAUUUCGUCAGCAAAGUUCGAUAAACCUAUGUCACUAAAUCGUAACGAAUCAUCACAAUGCUAAAUAUUAUUGUUAACUAAUUCAAAUAUCACUCUUUUAUAUUUCAAAGUUAUGAAAUUUCGAUACUCUUCCUAAUAAGUAAAAUAACGAUAUCUUAACUAAAUAUUUUUAUGUUUGCAAGAAAGAUGUUGAGAGCUUUCAUAUCCUGAAAGAUAGGCUAAAUCAAUUCUUCAAAUGAAUUUUAUAUUCAAAAAUAUUUAAAAUGCUGUCAAAUUAUUCAAUAAAAAAAGAAAAGAUUUUGCCUCAACAUCAUAUUGUGUAAGAUAAUAUUAGCGUCAAGAUACUACCGUAUCUCCAGAUUUUCGUCCUUGAAUGAUUCUGGUUGACUUUUAAUUAAAAUAAUAUUUAAUCGACAUAUAGAUCGUACGUUUAUGAAUGCUACUAAGUCGCAAGCUAUCAAAUAUAACAGAUUGUUAUUUAUUGAAGAAACCAUGAAAAAAAUACAGUACUAUAACGAUGUUCACAAAAAAGUCAUAUUGAAAAAUUUCCAACCUCAAGAGAGAUGAGCUACAGCAAAUUUUUAAAGAAUUUUAUUGACUUCUGCUUCUCAAUAUAUUGAGAUAUGCCGUCAACAAAUUGCUUACGUAAAAAUUGCUAUCGUAAAAGGAAUAAUCUGCUUGAACAUCUUAUGCAACUGUAUAAAAUAAAAUUUUAUUUUGAAUGAAUCUUAAUAGUAAUUUAAGACUACAUCACACUAAUUAUAAUUGAGACCAUAGACCAUAAGAUAACAAAUAUCAUUAAGAAGUAGACUCAUGUCAGAUGCAUCAAAUCAUCACCCACUGAAAAAACAUCCAAGAAGAAAAAAGAAAGAAUCGUAUCUAUAGUUUUGUUCCUUCUAAAUGCUAAAUAAACUUGUUUACUCUGAUUCAGUACGAUGUUCGAGAAGGAAGUUUUUCUACAUUAAAAAAAGAGUUUAUAUCUAUGUGUAGAAGAACAUGAAAAAAUGCAGUGGCGUGAUUGAUUGUCGUUUAUCCUGAAGAAGUCGCCAAUUUUUAACUACUUACGCUAAGUCGCCAAUUUUUAAAUACUUACGCUAAGUCGUAAUUUGAUGAUUGAAAUAAAAAUUGAACAUAUGAUACCGAAAAUUACAUUAAAAGCUUCCAAGAUGUUAAACAACGUGAUGUAGGGUUGCCACCUUUUUGAGUUCGAACCAAAAACUCCGGAUUUUGAAGAUUUAUGUCCGAGUUUGGAUUUCGUUACUUCUCCAGGUUGCAUAAAAUAUCUUAUGAAAAAACGUCUUAUGUAGUUUUUAAUGAAAAAAAUUCCUUGAAUGUACGGCAUUGGAAAAAAACUAAGAAGGGCGUUUCGAAUAAGAUGUAUACAUUACGAUGUUAUAUUUAUCGAUGAACUGUUAAGAAUUUUAUGAAUUUAUCAAGAAAUUUAAAAAUAUGGAGCUUGUUAAAACUGCAAAUAUUUA